AUGCCCUGCAUGAUGGACGACGCGCCCCGGGGCGCCCUCAAGGAGGCCGCGGGCUUCGAGUUCCGCCAGAACACGCUGAGCGACCUGCGGAACCGGGGCAUCCUGAGCGACAAGGAGUACAAGCGCAAGCUCAAGCGGUCCCUGGACCGCCAGCAGACCUGGGAGCGCGAACGCCGCGAGGCGGACGCGCGCGCCGCGCGCGAGCGCGAGCUCGCCCGCCAGGCGAGGAACGACGGCCCCCGCGCGGCGUCGGACCGCGAGCGCUUCCUCGCCGCCUGUCCCGACUACGACGACCUCGUCCGCCGCGACGUCCGCGUCUCCAUGGACACGAUGUACUUUUCGGCCGUCGUCAUCCAAAAGGUCUGGCGGGGCGUGCUCACGCGCCUCGUCUCCAAGUGCAUCGUCAUCCAGGCCUACUGGCGCGGCUGCAUGACGCGCAUGCGCAAGGCCCGCGGCUACUACGCGAAGGCGCGCCGGAGCCUCCGCAUGGUCCGCGGCCUCUCCGGGUCCUCCAUGGGCGGCGGCUCCCCGAAGCAGAAGCGGCGGGACAACCGGUAG